UGCUAUGCUGCAUUUAUGCCGCUGCAAUUUCAAGUUAAUGAAGCUGCCAAGCUGGACUGAGUUAACAGAGAGGGGCAGGUCUGUCACUAUGCUAGAAGGCUACAGCCCUGUGACCCAGGCCCUGCUGGGGACUCUGUUCACAUGGGGUCUGACUGCUGCCGGAGCUGCUCUGGUGUUCGUCUUCUCCAGCCGACAGAAGCGCAUCUUGGAUGGAAGUUUAGGCUUUGCAGCUGGGGUAAUGCUGGCUGCUUCCUAUUGGUCACUGCUGGCCCCAGCCAUCGACAUGGCGGAGGAUUCUGGGAAGUACGGCUCAUUUGCUUUCGUGCCUGUGGCUGUAGGAUUUACACUGGGGGCCGCGUUUGUUUACUUCGCUGACCUUGCCAUGCCCUUCCUGGGUGUUGGUGCCUUGGCUCUGCCCUCUGACUCCAAGUGGCACAAAGAAAAAGCAGAGGAUACCCCGUUCCAGUUCCUGGACUCUGAUGAUAUGACCAUCAGCAUAGGUAGAGCUGGACAUCUCUCAGAUAAAAUUGAGAAUGGAGACGUCUACCAGAGAAGGAAAGGACUUCCUUCGAGCAACUCGGAUGGACAUGAAACAGGAAGUAAACAACAGGAAGUGGCUGAACAGAGAGGCAGCAGCUGGCGGCGAGUUCUUCUCCUCAUCCUAGCCAUCACUAUCCACAACAUCCCGGAGGGCUUGGCAGUAGGUGUUGGUUUUGGAGCUGUAGGAAAGACAACAUCUGCUACCUUUGAGAGUGCCAGAAAUUUGGCCAUUGGUAUCGGAAUCCAGAAUUUCCCUGAAGGGCUAGCAGUGAGCCUGCCCCUCCGCGGGUCAGGGGUCUCAACAUGGACAGCCUUCUGGUAUGGUCAGCUUAGCGGUAUGGUGGAGCCUAUUGCCGGGCUGCUCGGCGCCGUAGCUGUUGUUGUGGCAGAACCUCUAUUGCCAUACGCGUUGGCAUUUGCUGCCGGGGCGAUGGUCUAUGUGGUGGUGGAUGACAUCAUACCUGAGGCGCAAGUCAGUGGAAACGGAAAGCUGGCAUCCUGGACCUCCAUCCUAGGCUUUGUAGUGAUGAUGUCACUAGAUGUGGGUCUAGGCUGAGAUCACCGUGAGGACCGGCGAUCCCUCACAGGACAUGAUGUCGUCAUCAUGAUGCAACUUGUAUUUUAAGUAAAAGGGGGACCAAAAUUAGUGUUUGAUUCUCAAACACUGUUUAUGCAUUUAGUUUUAAUUGUUGAUCAUAAAAUUGAUCAGGUUUGGAAGGAUGAUCAUACUUGAACUUAACUUUUGUCAUUCACAUUUUAACAGUGAUUUCCUGAGAGCAGCUGACAUGUUUUUCAUGUCUGAUAUUUCAUUAAGGAAUUAAUUUCUGAAUAUUUAAAUGAAUAUUCAUAUUCCAGGGCUGGAGAAUGUUUUGUUGGGACUUUGUAGCUUUUAAGUUUAGAAACAAUAUUAUAAGUACAGAUAAUUUCUGUUCUGUUAAGUUAAAAUGAAUGUGUUGGGUUUUGUUUCGUCCAUUUCCCUAAUGAUCACGAUACUUGAACUCUGGUGUUUGGCUUGCUGUUGUAUGGGAGUGAAAAUAAAUAAUUACAACAUUUCUA